UAAGCAGACUGGCACAUACAGACACAUACAUUCUCAGCAGCAUCUUCCUUCCUCAAGAGUCAUAAAUUUGCACAGUCUCAUCGUUUCGCAAGUGGGUGCGUUCUCAGCAUCCAAAACAUUGCAUAUAUAUGAACCAUCAUAAAUACUCUUCUCAUCGUCACAAUCUCUUCAAUUCCUUUCUCACACUUGCCAUUUUCAUCAUUCUUGGGUUUUCAUUUUCAGCCACAGGCAUGCAGAACCAGAACCCUUCUGAGGAUGAUUCCACCAAUAAGGCUCCCUCUGAUGACACACCCCAUCCAACCAACAAUGACAAUAACAAUCCGCCGGGUGAAAGCCUUAUCAUGAAAACCGUUAGGCAAGUGUUGGAGGAACUUGGUGGCAGUCGUGAUGACAGUGAUGGUGGUGUUGGUGAUGGGACCCCUGUGGCUGUGGCUCUGGAAGUAGGUGGUGGGGGUGAUGGAAGUGGCGGUGACGGUGGCGGUGUUGGUGGUGGACCUCCCGUGGCUAUGGAAGCGAGUGAUGGUGGUGAUGAGGACAAUGAUAAUGAGCAUAGUGAUAGUAUUGGUGAUAGUGUCCCUGUGGCUGUGGCUGUUAAGGUGGGUGGCCGUGGGGGUGACAAUAGUGGUGGUGGGGCCACUGUGACUGUGUCAGUGGCAUUGAGUGAUGGUGAUUAUGGUGGCAGUAACGGUAGCGGUGGUAGCCCUGUGGCUGUUGCUGUGGCUGUGGGUGGUGGUUCAACGGUGAUGGAGAGUGUGGUUGUGGGUACUGAGGGAGUGCAGGGGAGAAAGAGAAAAACUCCUCUAGUGAGAGACCCUCCCACUGGGAGACCUACUUGUCCUCUUUGCCAAAAAGAGUUUCAAACCUGGAAGGGCGCGUUUGGCCACAUGCGUGCACACCCUGACCGUGAUUAUCGCGGUUUCUUCAAGCCUCCUGUGUUUGGAUCCCCAUCCUCAACCCAAGAUCAACCACCUAGUGAUGGCAAGGUGGCAGGUGAUGAUAGUGCAAAGAAGAGUACUGGUGAGGAUAACACUGCAGAGAAAGGUUCAGCAUCAUUGCCUGUUCGAGUGCCGAUGUUUGAUCUGAAUGAACUAAUAGAGGAAGAUGGAUCCUCUCAUGCUGCUGAGCCUGCUGAAGACAUGAGUACCGGGGAGGGAAAGGGUUCGGGAUUUGACUUGAAUGAGAUGCCCUCAGCUGAAGAUUAAUUAUGAGGGAUGAAGAAAGACAAUGUUGGAAAUAUUUCAAUAAUAUAAUGAUAUUUGUUUUGGUUGAUUAAGUAAUGGAUUAAUGCUGCAGCAGGUUAAUAAUGUUUCA